UUAUUAUAUAUUUCAUUUUGUACCAGAAGCAAAUGUGACACUGUCUGUAUGCUAACGUAAGGUUGUUAAUUAGCUAAAAAAGUUGACUGAUAUCAGUGUUGGACUGUAAGGCUUGUUAUCAAAAUUUAUUUCAGUGUGUAGUGGUGAUUGUGUUGUGUUCUAGAAUGUUCGAAAUUCCAUUAAAUUAAAUCUCCAUGUGUUGGGAGCUACAUAUUAACAUUAGCUAGCUAACUAGCAUUUUGGCUAACCUUGGUGUGCGGGCAGUUUGCUUGUUAUUGUUACAUUUUAAAUUAUGUAAGGCAAGCAUUAACUAAUUAACAUUUUACACUAAUAUUAUAUCUUUCACUUCUUUUUGGAUACCUAGAUAUAGAAGUCAUUUUCAGUAAGGUUAUUGCCUUAUUUCAAUUUGGCUGUCUUCAGUGAUUUUACAGUUACAGGAUUACAACCAGCAGGCAGUAUAAGCUUGAUAAAGUAUCCAAAAUGUCCAGGAUUCAGUUUGUAAUGUUUUCUUUUAGUAGUUUGAACUUAAGAUGACAGCGUUUGUAUUUGUAGUGAGUUAACUUGAUGUUAACUAAUGAUGGUAUUGACACAAGUUACCUUUUUCCAUUUUGGUUAGCAGACUGUUCAGUAUGUUAAACUAAAGAUGAACAAAAUACUGACUCCCUAGUGCUAAGUUAGAUCAGACAAACGGUAAAAGUACUAGUAAUUAUUUUAGUUUUGUAUUGAGGAAUAUAUUUCAUGUAGGUGAAAUACUCAUUUAGUAUAGGGCUAAAAACUACAGCCAAAGGGCUGAAACACCUUGCUACACUGAAAUAAAAGUAACAUACAGUGUAAGAAAUAACAAUGCAAGGCUGUUUUACUGGUAUUUAUGGGACUGUUUUAAUAUUCACAUUUUCUGUUUACUGUAGUUCAAUGAAGAGCACUGAUUAUAAGAAAUGUCUGUCUACAGGAAGCAUGCUGCUUAAAGCAAAACUGGGAGGUGUGCAGAAAUUUGCUAGAGUAUCUGAGCCAAGCCUUAAGGAGUUUUUGAUUGCUGCAUUUGCAAAAUUUGGUGUGCCAGCUGUAACAGAAGGAGUGAAGGUUUUUGAUAGUUCAGGGACUGAGUGGGAUGAUGAUGUAUUUGAGGAUAUAGUAACAGAUCCCUCAACCGGGGUACUAACCAUCAAAUAUGAAACAGUUUUUUUUGAGUGAUGUGUGUUUCACUGGAUGUCAUUUGUUUAUUAAAGAGAGUUUAUAAAAUGUGUCUAUGGAGGGACCAUGCAAACUGAUUUGUUUUGCUCCUGUUUUUGAGGUCUGGAAACAUCUGCUGCAGAAGUGUCUCGUGAGCCGUCUGAGUUAUCAUCGCCACAUUCAUCAGAUUCACAGGAUACGGUCAUCCUUUCAGACAGCCCUUUUAGGAAACGUCAGCAGCUGGAUGCAGAAGCUAAGCAAUUGGUGGAAUCGAUUCUCACCAGCAAACCUGGUGGAGAACGUAUAAUAAAUGAAUACAAUCAGACCAAGUCCCUGGUGGAUGAAACCAGAAGAAAAAUGGUCAACAUACCGGUAGCUGACAUGACAGAAAAAAAUGGUACAUCAUCACCACGACAGGUGAAAGAAAUGUAUGCCAGAGGAGCUGUAACCUUUUCCCUUUACCUCAGUGACUCCAAAAAUGGCUAUCACCAGGAGAUGGAUCAUCGGGUGAAGACCAGUGUGGUGGACCGACUGUCAGACGAGCAGUUUGUUACAGAGAAGGUGCUGAGUGAGGAUGAGUGCAAGGAUACAAUCUCUCUGAUGAAACAUUCAGCUGAUGAAGAGACAGUCAAGAAGAUGAAGUUGACAUUUGUUUAUCGACACAACAUGGUCCUUGACCCCCUGCUGUCAAGCAACAUACUGUCUGUUUUUCCACGUUUCAAAGAUAUCAAAGGCUUGGUGAAUAUUUGUCAUUACUUUGACAAUGUUUCAGGAUUUUGUACUGAUGUUUGGUGAGGAUGUAUCAGGCAGGUUGCUGGAGAGGUGGCCAACAACAUUCAAAAGGACGAUUAUCCAACAAGGCAGAAAGCUUCCUUCUACCAGUGACCUGAAAGAACUCUUGCUGGCAGCGGACUCUCCUGAGGAUGCCACUGAAGUUAAUGCUGACAUUGGCUGGGACAGUGACCUCUCAGCAAUUGUAUUGCUAUUACAUCUGAUUCCAGCAUCUGGUCAGGGUCACAAGAGGCCAGGAAAGGUGUCAGCUUCUCAAGCAGAAAGGUCUUCAAGAAGACUGGAACAAAUAUCGAAGAGCACCUUGAUGCCGUCACUACCAGCACUCAACCCUACCUCCUGGCUGUUGGGGUGAAAAAGAAUGACAUCCACCGGUUCUUCAUUAUUCUUGACAAGAAUGCCAUUGUGCCGAGACUUCGCCGUGCUGGAGGACCACUCCCUGGCCUAUAACCUCCAGGAACAAGAAAUUGAGAGCCACUUGGCCUCCAAUGUCUAUAAGAGCCGUCUGGUGCAGAACGACCUGCAGGUGGCCAAGAAGCUCCAAGAGGAGGAGGAUGAGAGGGCCAAGAUCAAGACUCAGAAAGAGAACGUUGACAUUGAGCGGCAAGAUAACGAGAUCGCCCAGGAGAUUCAGGAGGAACUGGUCCGACAGGCAGAGCGACAGCGACAGCAAGAAGAGAAAGAUGCGGCCAUCGCUCGUAAGCUGCAGGAGAAGGAGAUGAAAGAGGACAGGAGGAGACAUAAGCAGCUGGAAACGCGCUUUGAUGAAGAUUACUUUGAGGAUCAUGGAGGUCGUAUUGCGCACCGUGGCGGUGGGUCAGUAAUGCCAGAGACUGAGUACGGACUGAGUGAGGCCACCAAGGGUUUGACCAAGCUCGAUCUGCGCGAGCAAGAGCUGAAGGACCUGGAGGUGGCCAGGAAACUGCAAGAGGAGGAAAUUAAGGCGAGCCAGGUGCAUGUGCGUGCAGCCCAAGUGGCACAAGAUGAGGAAAUCGCCCGACUGCUGAUGGAGCAGGAGAAAAAGGAGUACAGGAAGAAUCGCGAACGGGAGAAAGAGAAGGAGCGGGAGAGGGAGAGGCUGGCCAUGGAAAGGAUGGCAGUGGAGAGGAGGCGGCAAGAGGGAGACUACAGGCCAAAUUCCGAGGAUGUUGUCCGGCCCAGGACACGAGAGGAGUACGAGUACCAAAGGCAAAAGAACUACAAGCCUCCGAGGCCUCCACAGCCGCGCACACAUGACUAUGAGAAUGUCAGUCCUGGCUACGUCUACCCAGAUCACCCUGCUGCCCCUCGCACUCCGGCCAGACCUGAUCCGACUUACAGAGGUGCCUAUCACAAGCGGUGACUCAGGCUCUCGACCGUGUCCACACGUGCUGUCAGUCCUCCUGUGUGUGUGUGUGUGUGUAUUUAUCUUUUAUUUUCACCCAUUCACACUCUGUUGGCCAGAGUCCUUUGGACAGUCUCAUGAGUUGGCAGUGGGAUUUUUUUUUUUUUUUUUUUAAAUAUCCUCCUAAGUUGGCCCAAAGUUGAGGAAGUGGAUAUGUGAGUGCUAGAAAUACACUCAUCUCUUUUUUUUUUUCUUUUUUCUUUUUUUUUUUAAUGAUUUGUAAAAUGUGAUUGCAUAUUUCUUUGAACUGACGUGACAUUAAGCCUAGCCAAAAGAAAUCUCCCAUGAUUCUUUGCUGUGUAAAUGAAGGAACUGCCCCCCCCUGCUGUGGUCAUCGUGUGCCAUCAAAGGGCUUAAAGCCUCUGCUGGAUGUAACCGUCAGAGUUCCUCGAGACUCUUCAUGGGACAUGCCUGUCUGGUCCACUGUGGCUGUUACAGUGUCUUAGAUACCAACGUGGCAGCUUCUUCGUUACAGCGUGCUGCACCUCUGUUCUCUCGCCGUGCUGUGCAGCGAGGCCCUGUGAGGGCUGCCCAUGUGCCACACAGCCUUUGACUCUGAAGGGGGUGCAUUAUAUUUUGUUUUGUUUGCUGCAAUUAUAAAACAAAGAAAUAAGCCUUGAUUUCGGUGCUGGUAGCUCUGGCUUUCAUACGUUUACCACCUUGUUCCAGCGCAGAAGAGGUGGAGCUUUGCGGCGAUCCGUGGACAUCGAUCAGCUCGACGUGUUUUCGGUUUUUUGCUUGUGAGGGGAGCUUUUUUUUUUUUUUUUUCCACUUAACCCCGUCUUUCUUAAACUGUAGUGGUAUGACUGUAUAUGACUCACUGUUUCUAUGUGCAUGCUUACUGAGAGUGUACAGAUGUGUACAUGCAUUUCAGCUCUGUAUCAAUAUUAACUGGCUCCCUCUUUAUUAUCAGAAAGGGCUAAAGCUGCAAACAGCCAAUAAUAAUCUCUCUCUGUAGAAACUAAAUAUGUGCUCGCUCAUAUAUACUGCUGUACAGUAUUUCAGUCUUCUGCCAAUAUUUCAUAUGAGCUUGUCAUUUCCAGCUGGCCCAUAAAAGAACCAGUACCAAAUGAAAUGCAUGUAUGUUGCCUGUGUGUCAAACCUGAGUUCAUGCUCAGAUGCUGCGUUCUUGUUUUUUAACAUUUGUCAGACCAAAUCAUGUGGAAACUGUUCGGUUCUCCCUCCAUGAAACCUUGUAUCCUGCUCGUUGUUUUUAUUGAGAAAGGGAGCUUUAUAUUUAUUUUUGUAAAUUUCUUUUUUUCCUCACAUUGUUUCCUCAGUUUUCAUCGACCAAGCUGCCCUGCUGUCACUUCCGGGACUUUCCUGUCUCAUACUUCCUGCUUGCAGAAAGGAGAUAUUCUAGUGUUUUGUUUUAUACUUCAGGGCCUGAUAUUUUUGGUUAUAUGAGAAAAAAAAACGGAUAAUGAAGAGCACAUUGCUGAAAUGUUUCUGAUUGCCACAAAAUGAUUCACUCAUUGAGCAUUUGGUGCUGCGUAGAGUUUUUGCUUUGUAAUAAAUGUUGCUGAAAUGAUAAAUCUGCGUGGAGAACAAGCCCCUGUGCUGUUCGCAGAAACAGUUUUCUCUCGUCUGUAGUGCAUUGAACAAACAUGCAACCAUCAUUGAAUUAUAGUAUGUGCUACUUGCUGUUGACAGAAUGAGAUAUGUGCCAUAUACGUGUUGUUUUUCAGGGACUUUACAAAUUGGGGGGGAUUAAAAGUUGUGGUUGUAGCAGAGCUAGCGCACCCACUGUGGUGGGUCUCCCUAAUUUAUUCUUUGAUGAGAGCUCCACCUAGUGGAUGUGCUUCCAGCUGGUGAGGGUACAGAUCACAGUGAUGUGUAUUUGUGUAUGUUGUGCUUCAGAUAUGACUUUAGUUUCAUGUGUUGUCUGUUUUCUUUGAUUUAGGGCUUUAUGCAAUCUACCAAUCAUGAAUCAACAUGUGUUGGACUUGUUUUUUUUUUUAAAGUAAAAUGAAUUUAAUAAGUUGCUUUUACUUGUAGCAUCUCAAAAUGUAAUAAAUUGCAUCAGCAUUUACA